AUGGAUGAACUUCUUGAAACAGUCAAGAGAUUAACAAGAGUUGUCGGUACCAUUAAUUCUGAAUUGCUGGAAAGAGCUGAGAAUUUAUGCGAAACAAGAGAUCAAAUUCUAGACACACAGAUUAACCCAUAUACCAUGACUGUUGAUGAAAGGGAUGAUACAGGUUAUAAGUCUCUUCCAAUACUCCCAGAGUGGAGGGAAAUCAAGGAAGACAAUGGUACUCCCACUGAGGUUCGUCCCAAUAAAGUGGACGCUCCAUACAAGGACUGGAUGGAGUAUUAUGACAUACAGUUUCGUCUCGUUCGGGAAGACUUCAUUGCACCUCUGCGACGUGGUGUGGCUGCCUUCCUACAGGGAGUGAAGAAUCGUGAUGUUAAAAUUUACAAUAGAGCAAAGAUUGUCUCGCAAGUAACUACAAUAGAAAAGGGAAUUUGCUUUGUUGUCAAAUUUGAUGCUUCUGGCUUUUGCAAAGCUAAAUACAAUUGGAAGCAAUCAAAGAGGUUGAUAUUUGGUUCGCUUUUGUGUUUUAUUUCUAGAAUGAACAUGUUUGAAAUAAGUGCCAUGUUUGCCACUGUUGCAAAACGAGAUAUAUAUGAAUUAGAGAAAGGAAAUAUCAUGGUUCAUUUUGAAGGCAAUAUACUCUCCGAAGCAGUGAAUCACUGUGCAAUGGGUACAGAGUUUGAUAUUAUUGAAUCGAAUUCCUAUUUUGAAGCAACUAGCCCAAUACUUAAAAGUCUACAAGAAGCUGAAGUUGCAACAAUGCCAUUCACAAAACAAUUAAUUGAAGGAAAGUAUGAGUCGGUUUUACCACCAGCUUACCUUAGAGAAACAACUCAAGUUCCCAUAUACAACUUGUCUUGCCUGCAUGGGCCAGUGGGGAAGAGAAAAAACAAGCCUCUAAUGAUAGAGGUUCUAAAUAAAGAAAGCUGGAAGGCAACGAGUAAUAGUAAACUUGACUCGUCACAGCUGAAUGCAAUCCAGACAGCUCUGACUCAAGAGAUUUCUGUCAUUCAAGGACCACCAGGGACAGGGAAAACCUACAUUGGAUUGAAGAUAGUUGAAGCCUUGCUCGACAAUAGACACAUUUGGGAUCCUCUCAAGUCAAGUCCAAUACUAGUGAUGUGCUACACAAAUCAUGCCCUGGACCAGUUCCUGGAGGGAAUCAUUGACACUGAAUGCUGUGGAAGAAAACCGAAAGUUAUAAGAGUCGGUGGUAGAUGCAAGAAUGAGAAAGUGAACCGCUACAAUCUGAGAAAAGUACGUGAAAAGUUAUCAAAACAGCAUUAUUUAGAAAAAGAAAAGUUGCAAUGUAACCCAAAUGAAGUUUGGCAAUAUUUAAAGGAUUAUUUCAAACGUGACACACUCUUGCCAUUGUACGUCUUGCAGAAAGUAGUUCAUCCAUACCACUACUAUCAGCUGACACAGAUGGCACAAUGUGCAGAGCAACAACAUAAGGAAGUUGAAGUCUGGCUGGAUUUAUGGCAUUUAACCUCUACCAAUGUGCGUCACUUUCCUAAUGAGGACAAGGAUUUAAUUGUGGUGGACAAAGUUGGUCAGUUUAAUGAUGAAGUAGUCCAAGGUAGUGUAAAAGACUUGCCUGAACAGGAAGAUGAUACUUUCCUCAUAGACUAUGACAGACAGUAUGAAGGUGAUGAUGAAGGAUAUAAGAGUGCUAUAUUGCAGAAAUAUUUCACAGAAAAGAUGAAGAGCCAAUACGUUCAUCCUUAUGUUGAAGAUGUAUCAACAUCUGAGUCAGACAAUGACAGACCAAAAGUUGAAUUUGAGGGAGAGAAAUGGGUUCGUAAAGUAAAUGCCAACAAAUGGAUAAAACAAAAUUUACACAAAAACUCCAUGGAUGACGAAGAAGUUGAAGAGCUAUCAUAUAUUUCUAUUGGUAAAUUAAGUAUUGAGGAUCGAUGGCGAUUGUAUAAUUACUGGGAAGAACAGUGGUAUAAGUUCUUGCAAGAAGAAAAUGGAAAGAUGGCUCAGGAGUACAAUGAAAAGUGCAGCGAAAUAAAUGAAUUGAGGCAACGUGGAGACCAGCACACACUAGAGUCUGCAGAUGUGGUUGGAAUGACCACCACAGGAGCUGCCAAGUACCAGCACAUCCUCCACCACAUCAAACCAAAGAUUGUGAUUGUGGAGGAGGCAGCAGAGGUUCUGGAGGCUCACAUUGUCUCUGCUCUCAGUGCUGGCACCCAACACCUCAUUCUCAUUGGAGACCACAAGCAACUCAGACCCAAACCUAAUGAACAUGUCCUAGCAACAGAGUACAACCUCUCCAUCUCCCUGUUUGAACGUCUGGUGAGGAAACAGAUGUCUAAAGCAACACUAGAGAUUCAACAUCGCAUGAGACCAGAGAUUGCUCAACUGGUGUGUCCUCAUGUGUAUGAGAAGCUCUUGAACCAUGAAAGUGUUCAGAAAUACCCUGACAUACGAGGAAUAUCAAAGAAUAUGUUCUUCGUUCAUCACAGUGAGCCAGAAAGUGAGCACCCAGGCUUGCUAAGUUAUCAAAACGACUUUGAAGCCAACUACAUUGUUGGUCUCUGUGCCCACCUACUGAGACUGGGCUACUCUCCAAGUCAAAUAACUAUCCUCACACCUUAUGUUGGACAGCUUCUGCUGUUAAGAAACAAGAUGCCAAAGAGUGAAUUCAAUGGAGUUCAUGUGACAGCAAUAGAUAACUUUCAGGGAGAAGAAAAUGACAUCAUACUGUUUUCAAUGGUCCGCAGUACCAAUCCUAACAGCAGAAGAACAACAAUUGGUUUUAUGAAAGAAGACAACAGAGUUUGUGUGUCUCUGUCGAGAGCAAAGCAUGGAUUCUAUGCCAUUGGAAAUUUUGAGUUGAUCCGUCACCAGAGCCUGCUGUGGGAGUCAAUCAUCUCUGACGUGGAGAGGAGAGAAUGUUAUGGCAACUCCCUCCCUCUCUACUGCUGCAAUCAUCCUGAGACAAAAUACUCAGCCCAGACAGGCUCAGAUUUCGAAGCUAGAGCACCAAAUGUUGUGGCCACCGCUGCUCUGGAAAAUGUGGGGAUUGCUACUCAUCAAGGAUGCAUGCUGUCUGCAUCUUUGAAAUCAAAUUACAUCAUUAUUCUGGUGACCACAGCAAUUGCCAUGAACGGUGUAGCUGGGACUGUAAGCACUUUAAGUGUGGCCGGGAAUGUACAGAGGAAUGUGACAGACCUCAAUGCAAUGAAAUUUGUGACAAGGAACUGCGUUGUGGUCACAGGUGUCCUGGACUCUGCGGAGAGAGAUGCAUGA